AUGCACUCAUAACACGGCUCAGCGAGAACGCGUCUCCGCACGCAAACUGGGCACGGGAAUCAUCGGGCUUUCCUUGCAAAGGCAUUACUGGGCGCACAAAGUAUACAAAUACAAGGCUUCUGGUAUUAUACUUCUAGUCUGGGCCUGGCGAAGGCGCUUUUGGUUGAACCGAAGCUUCCUCGCGACAAAUGGCCGAGGAGCUAGACCCAGACCGCCUGGCUCAGCUCAUGGUGCUGCAGUGGCUGCAUGAGAAUGGCUGGCAUGAUGCCCUGCGCGCGCUGGAGAGGUCCACUGGGCGCCUGUAUGAUGACACGUCACUGCCCGAGGCUUCUCAACUGAUGCAGCUGGUGUGGCGGCGUGUGGAGGAGAAGCUGGAGCAGCAGGAGCUGUUGGACGAGGAGGAUGAGGAAGGCGAGGGCGAGGCCGGCGGGGGCGCCGGCAAGCGCGUGAGCCGCGUGGUGCGGCGGCGGCGGCAGGAGGAGGCAUUGCAGCUGCUACGGGCUGGCGCGGACGACUACGCGCGGGAGGUGGUGGGUAGCGUGCCGGUAGAGCUGCACCGCAGCAACAUCAUCGCGGUGAGGCUCGUGCCGGAGGCACCAGGCCAGGCGGCGGCAGAGGCAGCGGCGGCGGCUAGCCAGGGGGGGCGCGCGAGGACGCGCGUCAUCACGGCGGCAGGCGACGGCGUUGUGCGCUGCGUGGCGCUAUCCCAGUCCGCGCCCGGGGCCGGGGCAGGAGCUGAAGGCGACGGCAGCGGCGAUGGCAGCGACAGUGAGCCGGAGGUGGUGUGGGAGGCGCGUGUGGGCAGUGCGGCACUGCUGUGCCUGGCGCUGCACCCGUCCUUUAGCUCGGGCCUGCCGCUGGUGGCUGUGGGCGCCAUGGACGGCCGCGUCACGGUGCUGCACGGCCCCACCGGCGCCGUGCUGGCGGCCGUGCAGGCACACGCCAAGUACGUGGUGCGCGUGGCCUGGGCGGCAGCCGACGCCGCCAGCCCCGAUUGCGCCGCCACCUGCACGUCUGCCACCAGCGGUGCCGCCACGGCCUCGGAUGGCGGCAGCACCGCCGCCUCCAGCCCCACGGCGGCCGAGGGACCCGGGGCGGCAGGGUUAGCGGGGGCGGCGGGCGUGCAGCCGCUGCUGCUGGCGAGCGGAUCCACGGACGAGACCGUGUCCGUACACCGCUUGGAUCUGGAUUUAGACCAGGCGGCGGCGGCCGCUGCAACAGCGGCGGCGGCGGGCGGUGCGGGGCAGGAGCUGGAUGAGAGCGCGGCACCGCGGCGACAACCGCGGGGCGGGCGGGUGGCGGGCGGGGGCGUGGACCUAGCUUCGUUGCAGGAUGUGGAGGCAGCGGGCAUUGGGCGGCUGAGCCUGGUCAAGCAGGUGCCGUACGGUGCGGCUGUGACGGACGUGGCCUUCCUGGCUGACGGCUACCGGCUGGCUGUGGCCGUGCGCGGUAGCAACUACCUCCGCCUGGUGGACUGCAGGGCACUGCUGGAAGCGGCAGCAGCGGCGGGCGGAGCUGGCGGCGGCGGCGGCGCUGUGAGCGAGGAGCUGGUCAACAUGAACGAGGCGGGUGACGACCACGUGUCAUUCACGCCCAAACAGCUGCUGCCCUCGCCAUGCGGCCGGUUUCUGCUGGUGUGCACCGACACGCCGCGGCUGCUGGUGCUGCGCACCUCGGACUGGAGUGUGCUGCGGCUGGUGUUCGGGCUGCCCACAGACCAGUUCCCGCAGCCCGCAGCCGCCUGGCACCGAGACGGCAACUACAUAUACGCCGCCGGCGCCAACGCACAGCUGUGUGUGUUCCACCUGGGCUCGGGGCGGCUGGUGCACACGGCCCGGCCGCACAAGAUCAACGUGCGAGACGUGGACUACGACCCGCGCCGCAAUCUGCUGGCGACAUGCAGCUUCGACAAGACGGUCAAGCUACUGGGGUGUCCGGGACAUGACAGCUAGGCAGCCAGCAGGCUAGGGCUCUAAGGAAAAGCUUCAUUGGGUUGAGAGCUAACUGGUGAGGGUGGCGGGGCUUGGACCUCGGCUAGGUAGUGGAUAGCUAGGGCGCUAGGUUUGAUUAGUUUGCGGGAUUGGGACGUUGGAGCUUGGCCUUGCGGCUGGAUGGUGAUCACUGCUUCAUUGACUUGCCUGCAACGUGCGCUGCAAGGUGUGAACAAGUACGGCAGCGAACGGCUCCAUAAACACGGAGUUACUGUGCCCGGCUGUGCUGAGCUGCUGUGCUAGUGGCGGGCGAUAGGGUGGAGGACAUGCCGGCGCAGCACUGGAAGGGUAAUGACGCCGCUACAGUCACAACAAUUUGUGAAAUGCCCUGGAAUGCCAUAUGCGUCGUGGCGGUGCGGUACUAGUCAAGUUGCGGUGUACGCGGGAGAGGCAUGAGUGUGUGUGUGCGAUGGGACAGUGGUAAGUUAGGUCGGUGUAGUCCCGUAGGGUGCGGCUGAUUCCCAGACCCCAGCAGAUGGCAAACAAUUGGCAACGGCAGUGCAUGAGCGCGCGACUGGUCGAACGCCGGAGAGAGGCAAGAGUGUGUGCCAGUGUGAGACAGAGGGGCUUUUGGGAUAGGUCUGGCCAAGGCGCCAUCGACGGAUGUCGGGCGCAGCACGCGCAACUGCAAGAGCAGCCCUGGCAUAAUGCAGUUGCGUUUGAAGCCCGGGGACAUUGUAUG